AUACACGGCGCGAGCGCAUGGCGAGCGGAGUCAAUCCGCGGAGCUGCUGCGCGAGAGACUGGGAACUGCUUUCGAUUGUUGGCGGGCGCCGCCAUCUUGGUCUGUGAGCCUGCGAGUGGCCUGUACGUCUCCGUGGUGCGGAGUGGCUUCGUUGUGCGUAUUUCAGGCGGUCGUUUGCCGAAAGGGUAUUCCGUGCGCGCGUCUCUCCCCCGCGUGAGUCCCUCGUUAUCCAUUUAACCAGUGAGAUCCGCGUGCAUCCGAGAUGUCGGAACGGGAGGACAACGUUUACAAGGCGAAACUGGCCGAGCAAGCGGAACGCUACGACGAGAUGGUUGAGGCGAUGAAGAAAGUGGCUUCGCUGGACCUAGAACUCACCGUAGAAGAAAGGAACCUUCUUUCGGUAGCGUACAAAAAUGUGAUCGGAGCAAGGAGAGCCUCCUGGAGAAUAAUCUCGAGCAUUGAGCAAAAGGAGGAGAACAAGGGUGCCGAUGGGAAACUAGAGAUGAUUCGUCAAUAUCGAUCUCAAGUGGAAAAGGAGCUCAGGGAUAUUUGUGCCGAUAUCCUUGGUGUCUUGGAUAAGCACUUGAUACCGUGUGCUUCUACGGGAGAAUCCAAAGUCUUCUAUUAUAAAAUGAAAGGUGAUUACCAUCGUUACUUGGCAGAAUUUGCCAUCGGUAACGACAGAAAGGAAGCGGCGGAGAAUUCCCUGGUGGCAUACAAAGCAGCGAGCGAUAUCGCCAUGACGGAACUACCGCCGACCCAUCCCAUUCGCCUGGGAUUAGCGCUCAACUUCUCCGUGUUCUAUUACGAGAUCCUCAACAGCCCUGACAGAGCAUGCCGCUUAGCGAAGGCGGCCUUCGACGAUGCGAUCGCCGAACUGGACACGCUGUCUGAGGAGAGCUACAAAGAUUCUACCCUCAUAAUGCAACUCCUCAGGGACAACCUCACCCUAUGGACGUCGGAUAUGCAGGGAGACGGUGAAGCUGAACAAAAGGAACAGCUGCAGGAUGUGGAAGACCAGGACGUAUCGUAACUCUAGCUGUAGUGAGUGUUAUCUUGCGCAUAUAAAACUGAGACACAAGAAAAAACUCUUAAAUAACUCGUAAGCAAAAGAAAAAAAACCAAUUCAGCAGGUGGCAGUUCGGGGUGGGAAGGGGAGAUCUUUAGAAAUUUGCGUGACCCUUUAAAAAAAAAGCACGCACUGUAUGGUUACUUCAAAACAAAGCAGCAGCAGCAGCAGCAGUGACAACAAAAUACAACAGCAACA